AAGAAAUAUUUACAGACCACGUGACACUACACGGAAGUGACGUUGAUGCUCAAAAGAGUUCAGCAAAGCAUCUGGGAGCAAAACACCAGCAAGCGUAAAUACAUUUUACACCAGAAGGAUAAAGAAGAGGACAAACUGACGGUCAGAACAGUUAACACAUCUGUGAUUUAGGUAUCCAUAAUGAAUCCGGUUUACAACCCUGCAGCAACAGGGGUUCCCUUUACCAAUACUAAGGGUAUGGGCUACCCAGGUAAUUUCAUGUGGUCUGGAUUUCCUGUUGGCUAUGCAGCACAUGCUCCAGCAUACAAUCCCAAUAUCUAUGCAGGAGCUAACGCAGCCUUCCCCAGUGGCUAUGCUCCGGGCACUCCUUUCAAGAUGUCCUGCUCUCCCAACACUGGGACUGUCCCACCAUACUCCUCCUCACCCAACCCCUACCCUGCUGCUGUUUACCCGGUCAGGGGCACCUACCCCCAACAAAACCCCUAUGCACAGGCUCUAAUACCUUCACAACAACAAGGAACUUACUACACACAGCCGCUGUAUGCUGCUCCACCUCAUGUUAUCCAUCACACUACAGUGGUCCAGCCCAAUGGGAUGCACGCAGCCAUGUAUGCUCCGCACAUGGCUCCUCAACGCCACAACAGUGUUGCCAUGGGGAUGGUAGCCGGCACCACCAUGGCCAUGUCAGCUGGAACUUUGUUGACAACUCAAUCACCAGCGUCUGUUGCCCCCCACCAAGUCACGAUGCCCACAUACCGGCCCCCUGGGACACCCGGCUAUAGCUAUGUGCCCCCACAGUGGUGAAGAGAGGGACGCGUGAGUCAGAAGUUAAUAGAUAUGCAUUCACACUCUACGCCAGUGUUUUUUGCUAUUGGUGAAGACCUGCCCUGCCAGUGUCUGCAACCAGUUACUCUUCUUCCAGCAUAAUGUGAAUCUAAAACCCAAAUACAUAGAAAGAGGCCCAUUUGGAUAGGCGGGGGUGAAGAAUAGGCCCAUCCCCAUGACCCCUCUCAAUGGAAUAAGGCUGCAUUCCAUGUCACACCCCAGCGCCAGCACCUCUACAACCUGCUGCAUAUCUCACAUCAAACAGCAAUGCCUCCAUGCAAACUUCUUUUGUGGACCGUCAUGCAGGUUUUUAUAGCUUAAACUCUUAAGUGGUGAAAAGGGAGUUUGGAAUUGUUUGUUCUUUUUUUUUCUUUCAAUUUGGGGGAUAUAUAUGAUGUUGAAUGCAUGUGUAUACAUAGAUAUAUGAAGUAAUGCUAGCGCAAUCUACCUGCUGUGACAGAUGCAAAAUCAACAAAAGGCACACAUCCAAAGGAAAUAGAAAAAAAAAAAGUAAUAAUCUGCAAUGCUGAAUCACCAGUGACCAUGUCUUACAUGUGAAAGAAGAACAGACAAGAAAUGUUUAUUCAUGCAAAAACAUACCUGCACAAACAAGUGCAGACCAAACUGUACUAUUUUCACUGCUAUGUGUUUUGGUAAAUAAAGCUAGGUUUUUAUUAUUUCUCAGUGAUGCAGUGUAUGCAUUUCGUCUUACCAUUUUUGUAUUUUAGGAAAAGAUGGGACUUUUAGGUGUUGGAAUGGCCGUCAGUCACAAUCUCAAUCAUUCUGAGUGUUUUAUUUUCCUGCUCUGUCUAAACUUCAGGAAAAGAGUAUCAACUUUUCCAAAAGUGCGAAGCAACGUUUGUUUCCUGCUUUUUUUGGGGUGAUAUCAAUGUUAAAACUAUUCACUUAUUUUAGCCAGAAGCACUCUUGGUGAGGAACAUGUAGAGGAAGUUGUUGGAAUUAAUUUGCACCCAUUUAAGAGUUAAGAGAGUGGAUGAGUAGGAGGUCUGUGUGUGUGUGUGUGUGUGUGAGUGAGAGAGAGUGUGAGAGAAAGAAGAUUAAAAUAGAAACCAUUAAAAAUGGUGCCAUAUAUUGCAACGCGCCUAGAAUAUUCGACCUACAUCUCACAAUAAUCAAUUUGUUCUUAGGUAGGUCUGAAGCACUACAUCAUUAAAUCACUGCUAACUGUGGACAUGUUAGGAAAACAUGAUAUUGUUAAACUUCAUUUGUGAAUAGCACUCCUGAAGGCACUAAUUCAAAACGGUAAAGAUAUCUGACCUUUUACAUUGCUUGCUGUUUUACCUCAAGGUUCCAGGCUAACCCGCCAAUAUCACUGUUUCAGACAUGCUUUUCUAUGUUGCCUCGGUCACCUCAGUUAAAUAAUCUGUUUUGUAAAUGUUAUUUUUGUGAUUUUGGUUCUUGUUUUGUAUUCUAAAGAAAGACCAAAAAUAAAACAAUUAUAAGAAUAA